ACUUUGAUUUGAUGGAUGGAUUCAUCAUGUUGAAUACAUUAUACUGAUAAAAUGAAUGUAUAAAAUGUAUUUUUUGCUUUCAGUUGUAUAUUGAUUAUAAUUUCUUGUUUGUUUGCAUGUUUUGGAUUUUGCUCAAAAAUUGUAUUAACCCUAAAGUGCCAGCAGUCAUUACUAUGUUAAUGAGACUAAUAGAAGAUUUUGAUAUCACUCUCACCAACCCUUCUGCCGAGAAGUACCAAAAGUAUGCGAAAAUAAUUGAAUCAGCAAUUGACAAAAGUUACUUCCUUACUGUGCCUACCUACAUUAAAGAUUCAGCAAAAGUCACUAGAUUCAGGGCUGGUAGCACUAUUGCAGAGUUCACAAUUAAUUCAACAAACGACAUCCUUGAUUUAGGAACAGCAAACACAGAGAUUACCAAAAUUCUCAACGAUUCAGGAAUCCCAUUAAAUCGAGAUUCUUUUUCUCAAAGUGUACAGACAACCCUGUCCUCCACCACUGGGAAAAUAUAUCCUCUACAGAGUAUGGUGCUGAACUGUGUACCUCCAGACUCUGCUCAGGGAGAAAUAAUAUGGACAAUGAAUAAAGACGUUAUUGCAAUAAACAGCACAAAAUACACCAUAACAAAUGACCGUAAAACUUUAAUUGUGAAAUCUGCCAGUCAAAGUGAUAGUGGUAGAUACUCAUGCACCACACAAAAGAAUUCAAUGCCUUACAUUCAGUGGCAACACAUUGCUAUUGACUCACUCCCUAAUAUCAAUGUGGGGGAAAAAGAACGCACUUUUUCAUGUGAAAAUAUGCCUGUACAACUGAGAUGCUGUAUUGAUGUAGCCUACAAAAUUGAGUGGGUCCUGGAUGGCACAGUGCAAACUCCAAGUAUAGAGUCAGGCUGUAUCACAUUAGACCACAAAAUCCAGACGGAAGAUUGUAGUGAUAAAAUAUUUACCUGCCGUCUCAAGGACCUGCCAGAUCUAAGUAUCUACAGUUAUUUCAGCAAGAGUGUCACAGUUAAGACGAGCACAGAAAAAUUUAAUUGCAAAAAUGAAUCGCUUGGAUUUGGACUAUAUGGUGCAACUGUGAAUGGACCUUGUGAAAGCGGAAAUGAUGGCAUCAUAACUUAUACAUGUGAGUUGCCCGGUAUUUGGACACCUACUCGGAACUGUGUACCUCAAAAAAUCAAAGAACUUGAACAGAAAGCUAAGUUUUUGGUUGUGGAUGAUAUUCCAGUGUUUUUGGCUGACCUCAGUAAUGCUACAGAGCAGAAUAUUAACCAGAUAACACAGUCUACAGUGACUGUCCAAACAAUCGUAGACAUGCUCUCCAAAAUUGCUGAUAUUUCACAAAACAUUACCAUUAGUCAGCCUGUGAUGGAGAAUUUUCUAAAAACAGUGGACAUCCUUCUAUCAAAUGAUACCAAAGAUACAUGGCAAACUUUGGCCAAUGGCAACACGACAGAAAACACCAGCAUUGAACUUCUGAGAGCUAUUGAGACUAUAAGUGAAAAUCUCUCAAAUGACACGUUUAAUAUUUCUAAAAACUCCAUUCAGUUGAAUAGAAAUACAAUUAAAGGUUCAUUCAAUGAAUUAUCUCAACUACCAAACUCAACAACCCAUAUUGAGAUACCAGCGGUUCUUGAACCAACCCUCAUAACCAUUAUAUUUUUCACAAACCUUGACAAUAUCCUGCCUACUCGAAAUACUACUAAUAAUGACAGCACACAAUCAAAUGUCAACCGCAUCAAUGGAGAUGUGGUUGUGAUUAAGGUUAACCAAACAAUUAACAACAUUUCUUUUACCUUUGACAUUACGGAUGAGACUCUGGGAAAUCCUCAGUGUGUCUUUUGGAACUUUAUUCUCGAUGGAUGGGAUUCCACUGGAUGUGAAGUAAGACCCUUGAAUGAAUCAGGCAAAGUUAAAUGUGAAUGCAACCACACAACCUCUUUUUCAAUCCUGAUGUCACCAUUUUCAGUUAUGCCUGAUAAAGACCUUGAUAAAUACCUGUCCUAUAUAACUUACAUUGGUGUAGCUAUUUCAAUGGCCAGCUUGAUAUUGUGUCUCAUAAUUGAGAUUAUUGUAUGGAAGUCAACAACAAGAAAUGACACCUCCUACAUGCGGCAUGUCUCCAUAGUCAACAUCGCUGUGUCUCUGCUGAUUGCAGACAUCUGUUUUAUCAUUGGAGCUGCAGUUGCAGAACAAGAGCAGCCUACCUCAGUGGGUCGCUGCAGUCCAGCCGUUUUCUUCAUGCACUUUUUUUAUCUGGCUCUUUUCUUUUGGAUGUUAAUUUCAGCACUUUUGCUCUUUUACCGCACUGUCAUGGUCUUGUCCCAAAUGUCAAGGGCCAACAUGAUGGCCAUCGCCUUCAUAGUAGGAUAUGGUGCACCUUUGCUCAUAGCAGUCAUUACUGUUGCAUCGACAGCUGGACCUAAAGAAUAUAUUACAAAGACAAAUGCAUGUUGGCUGAACUGGUUUGAAUCUAAGGCCCUGCUGGCAUUUGUGGUUCCGGCUUUGACUAUUGUGGCCAUCAACCUUCUGGUUUUAAUUGUGGUUCUGUAUAAGAUGUUGAGGAGAGGAGUUGGUGUCGCAACUCAACCAGAUGAAAAACAUGCUUUAGUGGUCAUUGCCAGAUGUGUAGCCAUUCUGACUCCUAUCUUUGGUCUUACUUGGGGAUUUGGCAUUGGAACCAUGGUGUCAUCUGACUUCGGCAUUCAUGUGGUGUUUGCAAUUCUAAAUUCACUGCAGGGAUUCUUCAUUUUGGUGUUUGGGACACUUUUAGACAGCAAGAUUCGUGAGGCCCUGGCAGGAAAGCUUUCACUAAGCAACCUUAGCUCUAACCGCACCAGGAGCACUUCUGCAGGACCAUCAUCAAGUGGACUGGGUUUCUUUAAUAGAAUAAGGAGGAGAUAUGUGUACAAUAUAUCUGAUGCCAGCGCUUCCUCAUCAGAAGCUACAUCAUCAAACAACUACAGUGCCUCAGAUACUUUUAUGAGCGCUUAAUCAAAAACUUUAUUAACUACAUUAAAAUUCUUUCCCAGUGCAAAUAUAUGUAAACUUCACAUUUGGUCACUGAUUUCUUAUAAUUCUGAAAGAAAUAGGGUCAUAAUCUGUCUGCAGAUUUUAUGUUUCAUUGAUACAUUUUCUAAAAAUGCCACACUACCAAAAAAUCAGUAAAAUGGGUAUAAAGUAGUUGCACAGCUUUGUUGAAAUUCACUUUUCUGUUAGCUAUUUUAAGUAGAUAUGGCUUUGCUGUUCAGUUGGUCAUUACAUCUAUUCUGUUGUACUAAUCUAUGGUGUCUAGAUUUAUUUUUUAAAUACAAAUAAAAUCACAUUAACUUUUAAUAUAUUACUAUUUCAACAAUUAUGGAAUGCCUCUUCAUUUAUAGUGUACUUGGUAGUAGUUUUCUUAAACAUGACAUUGUAGACUUUUCGCUUUGUAGUCUCUUGUAUUUUAACCUUUGGUAUAGCUGAAAAAUUCCAAAUGUCUGACAGUAAUGGUAAUCUACAUCAUGUUUCCAUUAUCUUAAGUCCUUACAGUAUUAAUGCUACAAUAUCUUAUUCAUUUUUACAUUUCUUUGAGCUUGUGCGUUACUAGUUGUAGCAUUUGCACCUUUUGCAUGAAAACCAGGCAAAUUUCACAUUAUAUUCAUACAAGAAUAUCAGAAAAGGAUGAGAGGUAACAAUUCAUGAAGCACUGUUUACAUGAAGCAAAUUUCACUCACAGUUACGUAGUCUACCCACAUAACCAGAAGUUUAUCCAGGAACAGCACAAAAAGAUUAUGUAGAUAUCAAUUUCAUAUUAUCAAUAAUUCAUAUGAAAAAUACUAGCAUCACAUUUCUGCUUUAAUCCCUCUAGUACACUUGCUCCAUAGUCUUCCAUUGUACAAUAAGUGCACUUUUUACAUAUUUUUCUUUUUUUAGAAACUGAGGGAAUGAGUCAAAAUUUCUCUGGGUCACCAUUAUGCCAUACACUAUUAGCAAGAAUAAAGCUGUAUUUAAUCUGGACUAUUCUUUUAAUUACUGUGUUGGAAUGAAUACCAAAACACUUUCCAAUAGGAUACAUAAAAAUUACAAUUAUUUUAAUUCUGUGUAGCCAUCAAUUCUUUUUCAUACUGUAAAUAAGGGAUUAUGUUAUGUACACACCUAUAAAACGAGCUGUGCUGAAAAAACAAAUAAAUUGAGUCAACAAACA